AUGGGAUUUCUUGCAUUUCUUUCUCUUUCCCUGGCGGCCUUGUCUGCUACCAACGCGGCCCAGAUCCUGAGUGUCCCCAAGGGAGCUGACGUUGUACCCAAUGGCUACAUUGUAGUCAUGAAGGACGAUACCUCGACGCAAGACUUCUCGACUCACCGUGUCUGGGUGUCCAGCAUUCACCACAACUUGACCCGCCGCGGCCUGGACGGCGAAGGUGUGAAGCAAACUUAUGAUUUCGACAAUUUGCGUGGAUACAGUGGAAUCUUCGACAAGGAUACUAUUCGGGACAUUUCUAACGAUCCCAAGGUUGCCUUCGUUGAACCGGAUGCGGUCAUUAGCCAGCAUAUUGUGGUCCAGCAACGCAAGGCUCCCUGGGGCCUUUCUCGCCUUUCUAACCGCAGAGGAGGUCGCAACUAUGUCUUUGACAGUUCGGCGGGCUCCGGCGUCUGGGCCUACGUUGUUGAUUCCGGCGUUGACAUACGCCAUUCCGAAUUCCAGGGCCGCGCUGUCUGGGGCUCAAAUCAAGUUGACAACAAGAACUCUGAUGGAACUGGUCACGGUACCCAUGUUGCUGGAACUAUUGGAGGCAAGACAUAUGGCAUUGCGAAGAGGGCCAAAAUAAUUGCCGUCAAGGUCCUGAAUUCCGAAGGCAAGGGACCAACAAGUGGUAUCAUCGCAGGCAUUAACUGGAGUAUCAAACACGCUCGUCAACAUGGUAUGCUUGGCAAAUCCGUCUUGAAUAUGUCCCUCGGUGGUACCUAUAGUGCAGGUCUCAACCAUGCCACUGCCCAGGCUGUCAAGGCUGGCAUGUUUGUUUCCGUUUCUGCUGGAAAUGACAAUAUCAAUUCAAGCAACAACUCCCCUGCUUCUGAGAAAACUGUCUGUACUAUUGCUGCUAGCACCGAGGAUGAUGGCAAAGCAUCGUUUUCUAACUGGGGUCCAGCUGUUGAUCUCUAUGCGCCCGGCCACAAUAUCCUUUCUGCCCGCCCAGGUGGUGGAAGCCAGAUGAUGUCUGGAACUUCGAUGGCGUCUCCCCAUGCGUGCGGUGUUGCUGCAUAUCUCAUCGCUAAGGAAGGUAUUCCAGGUAACCGUGCCUGCUAUCGUCUCAAGCAGCUCAGCCGGCCUACAGUCCGCAACCCCGGCCCAGACACCACCAGCCGCCUUCUUUACAAUGGCAGCGGCCGUUAA